CGCCCGCGGCUCCCCCUCCCCCCGCCCUCGGGUCCCGGGAUGGGGGGGCCGUGAGGCAGGCACAGCCCCCCGCCCCCAUGGCCGCCCGUCGGAGCCCGAGGCGGAGGGGGCGCCGGGGGGAGCCUGGCACCGCCCUCCUGGCCCCACUCGUGCUGGGCCUGGGCCUGGCGCUGGCCUGCCUUGGCCUCCUGCUGGCCGUGGUCAGCCUGGGGAGCCGGGCAUCGCUCUCAGCCCAGCAGGAGCCUUCCCAGGAGGAGCUGGCGGCCGAGGAGGACCUGGAGCCCCCGGAACUGAAUUCCCAGACAGAUGAAAACCAGGAUGUCAUGCCUUUCCUGAAACGACUCAUCCGGCCACGCAGAAGUGCCCCUAAAGGCCGGAAAACGAGGGCUCGCAGGGUGAUUGCAGCCCACUACGAAGUUCAUCCACAACCGGGACAAGACGGAGCACAAGCAGGUGUGGAUGGGACAGUGAGUGGCUGGGAAGAAGCCAAAAUCAACAGCUCCAGCCCUCUACGCUAUGACCGCAAGAUUGGGGAGUUUACAGUUACCAGGGCUGGGCUCUACUACCUGUACUGUCAGGUGCACUUUGAUGAGGGGAAGGCUGUCUACCUGAAGCUGGACUUGCUGGUGGAUGAUGUGCUGACCCUUCGAUGCCUGGAGGAGUUCUCAGCCACAGCAGCCAGUUCCCCAGGGCCCCAGCUUCGCCUUUGCCAGGUUUCUGGGCUGUUGCCUCUGAGACCUGGGUCCUCUCUGCGGAUCCGCACUCUCCCCUGGGCCCAUCUCAAGGCUGCCCCCUUCCUCACCUAUUUUGGACUUUUUCAAGUUCACUGAGGAGCCCCGGUCUCCCAGCAGACCUCCCAGGCUCCUCCUUACCUAGCUCUCUGCCCUGCCCUAAGCCACUCCUUGAUGCACAACUGCCCCUUGACAGCUGCCAAGGCUUGUUCACCUGUUUCCUGGCCCACAUAUUCCUGUUCUUCUUUUACAGUCCUCCUCUUUUCCUUCACCAGCUCCAAAAGCCCUGAUCUUCCCAUGACCCCAUUUAUCCCUUGACUCUACCUGGCCCCAACUCCCCAGGACACCGUUUACUGACCCUGUGGGUGAGGAUGGGUCCAGAAGACUCAUCUGGUCCUUCAGGUGCUAGGAGGGGCUGGAUCUGAUGGCAGGAAGCCAACGAGCCUGGGACUUGGCCGGGAGUUCCCAAAUGUGAGGGGUAAGAGCCCAAGACAAGCUCCUCCUUUGAUCAUUUCCUGUGGAUUUUGAAAAGAUAUUAUUUUUUAUUAUUAUUGUGACAAAAUGUUGAGAAGUGGAUAUUAAAGAGGAUACAUGAUGAA